GCCCUUGGGACCAGGAAGCAGAGAUGAGAUUCUGGUUUGGCAGUGGCACCUGGUACCCGCUAUUAAUAAAUAAUAGGACUGUCUGACAUUUAUAAGGCACUUCAUCGGUAACAACAGUGUCAUCUCCAUAAGCCACUCCAUUAGUGGUAACAAAUUCUAGCCCCACGCCUGCAUUAUCUCCUUUAGUAUUCUCAACGUCCGCUAACUGCGUCUUAUUACCAUUUAAAGAAACUGUGGCUCCUUGAGGUAAAGUACUUCGGUCACAACGCGAGGGGAUCCAGACUUGACCCCAGACCUCCAGACUCGGGCGGGGAGGUAGCCGAGGCCUCCGGUGAGCCGCAGGGCAGCCUGCCCAGCCCGGGGAGGACCGCGUGGGCGGGCCGGGCGCGCAGGUGGCUGCACCCCACAAGGGGGCGGGCUCUGCCGGCCAGUCCGGCCCGGAACCCCCGGCAGCCCGCACACAACUACACCUGCCCCGGAGCCUGCGGCGGUGCCUGCAGCGGAGGAGCUCUGUCUUCCCCUUCAUUUCACUACGAGCCCGGCGUCCCGCCGCGUGCGCCCCGGCGCAGCCCGCCAGUCCGCCAGUCCGCCCGGAGCCUGCCUAGUCGCUGCGCUGCACGCCCGGGGUGCGCCCUCUGCCCUGGCUGGGACAGAGGGCCCCGCAGCCGUCAUGCUUUCCGCCAUCUACACAGUCCUGGCGGGGCUGCUGUUCCUGCCGCUCCUGGUGAACCUCUGCUGUCCCUACUUCUUCCAGGACGUGGGCUACUUCUUGAAGGUAGCCGCCGUGGGCCGGAGGGCGCGCAGCUACGGGCAGCGGCGGCCGGCUCGCACCAUCCUGCGGGCGUUCCUGGAGAAAGCGCGCCAGACUCCACACAAGCCUUUUCUACUCUUCCGCGACGAGACUCUCACCUACGCGCAAGUGGACCAGCGCAGCAACCAGGUGGCCCGGGCGCUGCAUGACCACCUCGGCCUGCGCCAGGGAGACUGCGUGGCGCUCUUUAUGGGUAACGAGCCGGCCUACGUGUGGCUGUGGCUGGGGCUGGUGAAGCUGGGCUGUGCCAUGGCGUGCCUCAAUUACAACAUCCGCGCGAAGUCCCUGCUGCACUGCUUCCAAUGUUGCGGGGCGAAGGUGCUGCUGGCGUCGCCAGACCUACAAGCAGCUGUUGAAGAGAUACUGCCAAGCCUUAAAAAAGAUGAUGUGUCCAUCUAUUAUGUGAGCAGAACUUCUAACACAGAUGGGGUUGACUCUUUCCUGGACAAAGUGGAUGAAGUAUCAGCUGAACCUACCCCAGAGUCAUGGAGGUCUGAAGUCACUUUUUCCACUCCUGCCUUAUACAUCUAUACUUCUGGAACCACAGGUCUUCCAAAAGCGGCCAUGAUCACUCAUCAGCGCAUAUGGUAUGGAACUGGCCUCGCUUUUGUAAGCGGAUUGAAGGCAGAUGAUGUCAUCUAUAUCACUCUGCCCUUGUACCACAGUGCUGCACUAUUGAUUGGCUUUCAUGGAUGUAUUGUGGCUGGUGCUACUCUUGCCUUGCGGACUAAAUUUUCAGCCAGCCAGUUUUGGGAUGACUGCAGAAAAUACAACGUCACUGUCAUUCAGUAUAUCGGUGAACUGCUUCGGUAUUUAUGCAACACACCACAGAAACCAAAUGACCGUGAUCAUAAAGUGAGACUGGCACUGGGAAAUGGCUUACGAGGAGAUGUGUGGAGACAAUUUGUCAAGAGAUUUGGAGACAUAUGCAUCUAUGAGUUCUAUGCUGCCACUGAAGGCAAUAUUGGAUUUAUGAAUUAUACGAGAAAAGUCGGUGCUGUUGGAAGAGUAAAUUACCUACAGAAAAAAAUCAUAACUUAUGACCUGAUUAAAUAUGAUGUGGAGAAAGAUGAACCUGUCCGUGAUGAAAAUGGAUAUUGCGUCAGAGUUCCCAAAGGUGAAGUUGGACUUCUGGUUUGCAAAAUCACACAACUUACACCAUUUAGUGGCUAUGCUGGAGCAAAGGCUCAGACAGAGAAGAAAAAACUGAGAGAUGUCUUUAAGAAAGGAGACCUCUAUUUCAACAGUGGAGAUCUCUUAAUGAUUGACCGUGAAAAUUUCAUCUAUUUCCACGACAGAGUUGGAGAUACAUUCCGGUGGAAAGGGGAAAAUGUGGCCACCACUGAAGUUGCUGAUAUAGUAGGACUGGUUGAUUUUGUCCAAGAAGUGAAUGUUUAUGGAGUGCAUGUGCCAGAUCAUGAGGGUCGCAUUGGCAUGGCCUCCAUCAAAAUGAAGGAAAACCAUGAAUUUGAUGGAAAGAAACUCUUUCAGCACAUUGCUGAUUACCUGCCUAGUUACGCGAGGCCCAGGUUUCUAAGAAUACAGGACACCAUUGAGAUCACUGGAACUUUUAAACACCGCAAAGUGACCCUGGUGGAGGAGGGCUUUAACCCCGCUGUCAUCAAAGAUGCCUUGUAUUUCUUGGACGACACAGCAAAAACGUAUGUGCCUAUGACUGAGGACAUCUAUAAUGCCAUAAGUGCUAAAACCCUGAAACUCUGACUAUUCCCAGGAGGGUAACUCAACAUUUCCAGAAAGAAACCGAAUGGACAGCCACUUGAUAUAAUCCAACUUUAAUUUGAUUGAAGAUUGUGAGGUGCAGUUUUUUUAGGAAAUUAUGCAUACCAGUAAAGGGAGACUUUUUAAAAUGACAGCUGAGUCUUUGCAAGUAAAAAGAUUUAGAGAUUAUUAUUUUUCAGUGUGUACCUACUGUUUGUAUUUGCAAACUGAGCUUGUUGGAGGGAAGGCAUUAUUUUUUAAAAUACAUAGUAAAUUAAAUGAACACCAACAUGUGAGAUGGCACCA